UGACGUUACUUUGAGUACAGCAAGAACAUGCUAUGUAGCUAGCUAGGUUAACUGACGGAAGCUAAGCGAGUCAGUUUGUUAAAGCCGCUAUAUGAGGAGGGGUGACGCUAUUAGACCGACUGGAAACGAUCUGUGUUAACGUUUUACCAAUCUCUAGUUGAAAAGUUGUGUUUUUUAAGAGGUUACUGCCGGUUACAGAGAUAUGUACAUAUUUACAGUCCUGGGCUCGGGCUGCAGCGAUGGCUGCCUUUUACUCAGGUAUCCAUCUGAAACUGAAGAGUUCUCAGACUCCAUGGGAGGACAAGUUAAAGCUGGCACGUUUUGCCUGGGUCUCCUCUCAGUGCUUGCUACCUAACAAAGAACAGGUGCUGUUGGACUGGUGCACUCACGCCUUGACACGGCGGUACAAUCAGAAGGUGGAGUUUUCUCAGAAUGUUCUGGAAGGACUGUGGUUUUAUCUCGACGAUCUGCUUCACAGCCGAAAGCUCCACUCUCUUCUCAAGCAGGGAAAAACCAUCAGCCUGAGGCUCAACAUGGCACAGCUGCUGCUGGACCGUCUCCAGGAGUGUGCACGUGUUGGCCCUAAGAAUAUGGUGUCUGUGUCCACCAUACUCAGUGUGUGUCAGGGCCUUCUCUCUUCUCCUGUGCUCUCAUCCGUCUUCACCACCCAGUAUGAACUCAUUGUCGAUCUCCUGGUUAAGCUCUGCACUCUGGCCUGCCGUGAGCUACAACAGCCAUUGCUCACAGAACCCCUGAUGACUGAGUCCAUUACACGGCAAGAUGAGGUGAUGACUGAGUGUCUUCAACCUCAGCCUACUAGCGAUUUGGACAGUUCCCAAAUUGAGCUGAUCAUUGAAACUUCUCCAGAUCAGCCAGCGUUGGAUGCUAAUACAUCCCCUCCAAGGCCAAUGGAGAACAUCCGUUCAGCUAAUUUGUUUGAGGUCUUGCUUCAGGUGCUGUCAUGUUAUUUGUCAGUUCAGCGACAACAAGCCAAUCCCAACAGAGUCUUUACUAUGGUAACCAACCAGCUGAUCCAACCUUUAAUCCUACUCCGACACCUGCUGACCUCUGGGGAAUUUGCAACCUCUCACACACAUCUGGGCCUCCGUCAGCAGCUUUCCAGAGACAUCCGAAUCAAGAUAGACGCCAUCCUUCAGUUAGCUCUCUUUCCCUCAGAGCACCUGACCUCGUACACGGAGGAGCUCCUUCCAUCUAAAAUUGAUUCUGGGAAACGUGGUCCUAGAGGGGCUAAAGGCACCGUGAAGCCAGUCAGUGCCAUACUAUCCAAACUGAGUGCUCUGGGCUACUGUGAGCUGCCUCUACACUACGCUGUGAAGUCAAACACACUGUCUCUGCUGUAUAAGCUCUUUCUGGAAAGCUAUGCAAAAAAAAGAGGAAGUGAGGAGGCCCACAGGAUGCUGUGCUUUUACUUCCUCACCAGGUUGGUCCCGGCCUUGGAAGUAUGUCUUGAUGGACAGUCACCCUCACCUGCCAAUGCAGACCAGCCAGUCUCUGUGUCCCCUGGGCAGACGUCUCCCCCACUCUCCCUCUGUUCCCCAGAGAGCUGGAGCCUGGCUCUGCUCGCUCUGGAGUCCCUGCUAAGCCAGUCGCUGUCAGCAGAUAUUUACAAUGUAGCAGCAGACAAGAUCAGACAUGAAGAGGUCCAACUCAGAUUUUACAGAGCUUUGGCACAAACGCUCUUCAACCAGGUCCAGCCAAGCAUCCCAGCGUGGUACCGCUGUUUAAAGAUGCUGUUGUGUCUCAACCAUUUGAUUCUUGAACCAGACUUGGACCAGCUGUUAUCUUCAGCCUGGGUUAAUUCCGAAUGCAUCGAAGCACGAGUGCAACGGGCCAGACAGCUCAUGGUGUGCAGUCUCCUCCAAACGUACACUAAGCUCCGUCAGCUGCCUCACCUCUUCUCUGAGCUCCUCUCUGUGAUCUGUCAGCCAGCACUGGAUGACCUACGACCUCUUCUGCUAUCUGAAAGCGUCUCCGCCUCGCUCAGGACUUGUCUUUUGGACACUCCCGCUUCCCAGAGCCUAGAGAUCUGCUCAUUAGUGUUGGAGAGCAUCAAGAGAUGUAUACUACCUGGACUGGUGAGGGAGGCAGAGAAUAUGGAGAUUGAUGGGGGAGGAAAUGAUAAAGUGGAGAAUAGAGAAAUAAAGGUAGACCUAGAGAGAGAUGAUGCAUCUAUGAAGCUAUUCUCCCUCAGCCAUAUGCUUCAUGUUGUUUUGUUUAGUCUGAAAACUCUAGACACUGCCUCACCUCUUACUAUAGUCAGGCAGAGUCAAGGUUUGAUGGAGGUGAUGCAACAGGUAGCUAUGGAGUUACUGCAUCUGCUGUCAACAGAAAAGAAGGCUGGACAAACUAAUAUAAGGUUAGCUAAAAGGACACCAGGGAAAGGCAAAAAGAAUUUGGUGCCCAAAGAGUCAGAGACGGCCUCAGAGUUUAAAGUGGGAGCACUGUGGGAGCAGAAGACUCAGGAGGCUGCUCUCCUCCUCAGAUACACCUGGGUGGAAGUAGACACGCUCUUUAGUAUCCACUGCAGCAAAUACAGAUCUCUCCAGACAGCACCAGCAAGUCAGACUGAAGACGGUGCUCCUGUCCUAACCCAAAUAAAAAGUCUCCUAUCUGGUGAGGUUGUUCCAGCAUGUUUACUGCCGUCUCGCAGACCCAUGAGCUGUUUGCUCCUGAAACUCCUCACUUUGCAACAGAUGAAGAAAGCUUUGUUAGAUACCUCCUUACUCUCUGAACCCAGCACUGCAGCACUGCUAAACACAGCAGCCCAGUUUAUUUUAGCGAAAUCAGAGUUGGAGGCGAGUCUGGAUGGCGAGCAGGUAUGGGACGGUCAGAUAGCAAGUGUGAACGCCAACUCCAACCAUGUAGCACACUGGCAUCUUGUCACAUCCAAUUUGCCUUUGAUUGUUCCUUACCUGAGUGGAGAAGAUGUGGGCUGCGUAGCAGACAAGCUUGUCAAUUCACUGCUCAACAGACAGACCAAUGGAGGGAAGGCCCGGCCGACCGUCUGUCUUACUGUCUCGCUCAUAUCUUCACAACUUCUCCAAAGUCCCGUUCUUGCUGAGUUGCCUUCACUGUUCUCUGCCACAAUGUGUUCCCUCACACAAUGGAUUGUCAGUGUUCUCAAGGCAGCUCAUGUAGCCAAGGCUUGUCCUACACUCCUGAAGUUUCAGGAAAAAGGAUUUGGAGCUAACACUUCAGAGAGUGAUGCCAGUCAGCCUCCUAUGUCCACACACAGAGAGGCUAUAGUUCAGGAUAUAUUGGCAUCCUCAAAGACUGGAGAGGCAUUUGUAUUGCUGACUGCCGCCCAGAGCAAAGAGCUGGUAGACAUACUCCAAAUCUUAACAAACCUUAACCCAGAUGGGAUGAACUCUGAGGAUCUCUCCUCUAUUUUCCUCCUCCUCCUCUUCAUGCUCGCCUCCACCUCUAGUCAGUUAGACCAGAUGGCCGUGGACCCUGCUGGAUCUGGAGAUGAUGCCCUCUUCCUACUGAAGCUGCUCAAGAUUAUGACUUGUCUUCUGGAGGGUAGAAACUUCCAAAGUGUUUUGAAGCUCAUCCAUGGUGGUACUUUGCUGCAGGCCUCUGUGUCCUCUCUCCUCUGGCAGAGCAGCAAUGGACGAUUUCAAGCCACAAGCAGCUCUGACUGGUUGGAUUUUAUCAAAGCAGUGCAGAGCUUCAUCAGGUCCUUGGUCCAAUUGAUUAUAAACAGAAACAGAAGUGUUCGACUUAACCUAGAGCAGUUUGUCUCCUAUCUUACCAGUAAGGAAAUGGCAAAGGUGCAAAUUGUGGCAUCCAGUUCAGCUGUGGCAGAUAAACCAGGAGCGUCUAUUUCGUCUGUUCAUAUCCUGCUGGCAUCGCUGACCUCUUUCUCCCAGGCAAUGACCUCUGCCCUGGGGAGAAGUAAACCAAUGGAUCAAACUUUAACUCAAAUGCUCACAAGAAUGACUGCUUCACUGGGACCAGCUGUUGAAUCCGUCCUACAGCCCCAAACGGUCAGCCAGUCAGUCAUCCAACCAGCCUGCAUCCUCGGUCAAGCCUUUAUGGUCGAUGUUGUUACUGUCAUGUUGCACUGUGAACUUUCCUCACAUUCAGUGGAGGAUGAGAACAAGCAGAAUGACACCCAGCUCGCCCUGAGUCAUAUGACCCUCUAUCGGGGCUUCUGCCACCAGAUCCUCAAAGAAAUAAGUUGUGCUCACAGGCCGUUGGACUUCCUGGUUUCCUCUCUCCAUUUCCUGUCCGCUUUCUACAAAGCAGUGGAGAAGACGAGAGAAGAGAGGGAUGAGGAGCAAGGAAAGGAGAAGGCAGAAAAGGAGUUGAAUGAGCUGUACAUGCAGAUACUACAGAAUGUCCACAGACUGCUGACAGCUUCUUGGCUUUCUGAGAAUGAUGUUUGUGAGCUGGAACCAGCUGUGCAGGAGCUGCUACGCCACCUGGUGGAGAAAAGUACGACAGGACGAUUCAACCUGCUGCUGCUGAUGAUCAGAGAGGGACUGGUCACUGGCAAGCUAAGGGCAGGAAACUACAGGGAAGUGCUAUCUGCUGCAAUCAUCACUAAGCUGGUGUCCUGUUGUCAGUUACCUGAGCCCUGCGCUAAAGCUCUGUGGCUCAUUGCACCACAGAUUAUAUCUGCUAUGGUGUUCCUCGUAAAAUCAUCCACUCAGGACGCCUCGCUGACCCUUCCCUUUACUGUUCCUACGGUGACGUCAAUGACCUCACUGCUGCGCCAGGGGGAGGGGCUCAUCAGCAACCCUCAUCACGUCACAUUGGUCCUUGGAGCGCUCCAGUUGUUGCCCCUCGACCACUUGACCCCAUCCGUCUACCAAGCUGCGUUCCUGGCAGUUCAUGAGGCGCUGUUUGCCAUCAUCCAGUGUCAUCCUCAGGUGAUAUUGAACGCAGCUCCGUCAUUCUUAAAUGUCUUCUAUCGUCUGGUGGCGUCCAUCAUGCAGGAGGGUCGGCAGAGAGGAGACAGUGACACAGAAGGUGACGUUUAUCUCCAGUGCUCCAGGUUGAUCGAGAGGAUGUACUCUCACAUUGCUGCUACAGCUGAGAGCUUCACCAAACUGUCGGCCUUCAUGGUGGCUCAGUAUGUCACAGAGCUGCAGAAGGUUACUCUGCGACCAGACGUUAAGCUGCAUCUAACUGAGGGCAUCUAUCGGAUACUAGACCUGUGCGGGGAGCAGGAUAUCAAGUUUCUGGUGGCCGGACUGCAGAUGGGAGUCCGAGUGGUGUUCAAUGAGCUCUACACCAGCUACACCCACUACCACAAAGCACAGAGGCAAGGAGAGGAGAAGUACACCGUUUGAACUCAAGCACAACAAGCACUCUCCAAAUUUACUUUAGAUUUGUAUUUGAUUCAAUUAGAAUAAAUGUUCUUGCUAUGAAAAUACUGUGUUUAUAUUCAAUUUCUGCUUUGAAUGGGAUGAAAUCUUGGGGUGGGAUGAAUAUUUUGACUUGAGACAUGGCAGCUUGUGGAUAAAAUAUAAUGUACACAGUUUAAACACAGUUGUCACCAGUUUUUUAAAUUGGUAAAUGAUACAUCCGUUUAUUGUUUUGAAUUCUGCACAUAAAUACAAUAAUCAAUAAAUACAGUGGCAUCCCAAAAUUAAAGGUUGUUUAUACCUUCACUUAUUUGAGUAUUUUAAUACAUAAAGCUGAAAAUGGUUCAAAGGAGGCAUCCAAAAUUGCUCCAAAAUGUCUUUUUAGUUUGAUUUAACCACACCCGUAGGCAUCAUCACUGCCUGAUCAUCAGUAACUGGUUCAUAUUUGUUGCCUGCAAACACAAAGUUAUCAACUCUUUGGUUACACCUUCAACAUACAGCCCACGGCUGACUGGAGGAACAGCCGUUAACUAGAGGAACAAUGGGAAGAAUGACUCGCUGCAUCCAUGACAAAUGGUGUGUGAAAUAUUGUGUUUUAUAAUUUAAAGAUAGUUUUAUUUCAUAAAAUGUCUUUAGAAAAUAUGGAUAUAUGUGAAUUAUGCUUUAUGUACUGUAUAUUUCUGCCCAUUGUUUUUAUUAAAACUUAAUGAUUUAACACACCAUUUGAAAUUCAAA